AUGUGUGAACUGAAUAACAAACGGGUAUCUUGGUCAAAGACAGGACUAAUCGCAUAUGCUGAUGAACAGUCUACUUAUGGAAACCUCUGCAUAUCAUUUUUGGAAACAAUUAAUGGCGUUAACUGUAGAUUUCAUCCACCACAACGAUAUGUUAUACAUCCUCAAUUGCAUGAAGUACCUUUAAAAACAGAAACAGGUAAUGGAAUAAAUGGUGCCUCAGGGUCCAGUACAGCGCAAUCAAAUAUUCAUGGAACGACAAGUGUACCCGGCUCCGCAGGGAAACACCAACAUCAAUUUUUCUAUGAUAUCUCAUCAAUUCACUGGAACAAUUGGUUCAGUUUACCAGGCGACAUGCUAGCAGUAUGCGAUGAAUUGGGAAAUAUGACGAUGCUUAUUGCAGGGCAAAGUCCAGAUGGUCCAACAACGCUAGAUAAAUUAACAAUGCUUUUUCAAGAUAAUGUCUACAAAAUUCACAACCACGUUAUGCAAUUGGAACCUGAGAGAGAAAAUACUGACUCUAAGUUGGAACGUAAGAAAACAAAGAAGGAAUAUAAUACUACUAUUCUCGAUUUUCACUGGUUAAGUUCGUCAAAGCCAGUAAUAGUGUCUCAGUUUUGUGCGUUCGAUAGUUCAAUUAAUAUGUAUAGAAACAAGGCACAACAACUAUCACCCCAUGGAAUUUUUCAUCCUCCAUUUAUGAAAUAUGCAGGACUGGCUAUACGUCGAAAUGGCCAGUUAGACUUUUGGUAUCAAUUCUCUAAUUCAAAAGAUCAUAAAAAAAUAACACUACAACUUUUCAACCCACAUAAUGAAAGGUCAAAGGGUUUAGACUUUCUUCAAUAUGCCAAAAUUACUUCUGUGAAUAAUGACAACUCUAUAUUGAUAACCACAUACUCUAGACUCACAGGAAAGCUAUCAUUUUACAAACUAUUUGUUGAUUGGAAUGUAAAUACAGCAAAACCUGUUGUUCUCAAUGAUCCAUCAUUAAAAAUCAAACAUAUUUUAGAUGCUACAGUAGAUCAAACUGAUGACGAAGGAAGAAUUUUAGACUUUACACAUGUACAUGUGCUGGCUAAAGUUGUUGCUGAAAAGGAUGCAGCUCCAGAAGUUUUACUUGCCUACGAUGUUGUAGGAACACCAGAAUCGUUGAUCAAAAGAUUCAAACUAGGUCAAGUCCGGCUCCCAUUGGACUAUCUUGGCAUACUGAAACCAGAACUAAAUACCUCAAAUGAGAAUCACAAUCAAGCUUUGAGGUCUAACAGAUCCAAUUUGCGAUUCUUAGGUGUUCUAAACUUGCACCAUAAAGUUGCAAGUAUAUCUUCUGAAGUAUUGGAUGGAUUUGUCUCAUUCUAUUACAGAAAUGGUGAGAUUGAAAUAUAUAAUCAAAAUGAUUGGAAGUUAGAGACUGAAAGGUUGCUAAAUCAAGGCCCUCAAGGAAAAUUCAGUAACAUAAUAACUUCAAUUUUGAGUGCAGGCUUCAAAUAUCCAACUAUAAAAAACCUGGGGACCGUGGAAUGGAUCAGAGUAUCACCAGCAAUGGCAGGAAUUUUAUACAAAUAUAGACACGACGAUUUACCUCAAUUCCAGCCAAUGAAUAUUGAUGAUGUCAGUGACAAAUCUAAAGAUGAAAUAAAUGCGGCAACAAUGGCCUUCGGAUAUGUUACAAGUGCACAUAGACAGCUUUCAGGUGAGGACAUAGCUUUAGCGUGCAAACAACACAUAUUAAAGAUUGCAAAGAUUGAUGAGAAGAGAGCAAAAGACUUUACUACUACAUUAAUGUUCAAUCUUUAUAAUUUCUUUAACUUUUCCCCUGGCGCUCCUAAAGAGCUUAUGGAUAAAAUAAUAUCCAGUAGACCAUUACAAAAAGUAAUGUUGCUUCAGCUAGAAUUGGGCAGUAUAUUUACUGAUGAAAACACUUGCGAAAUGGCAAGGGUGAUAUUAUAUUUAAAAAAUGUAUCGUUUGCUUUUAACGGUGUUGCGAGAAAUUUGCAAUUUGCAAUCGAACAGAUGACCAAUAGUACCAAUUCUAGCAAUCCACCGCUCUCCGGUGAUAAGUUUUUCCAAACAGCAUUUUCCAAACAAGAUCUUGUACAUUCCUUAAUACCAGUGACAAAAUGGUUUGUUAAGUUUAUUACUUAUCUGAUCCAACAAAUUUUAAUUCUAACUAAUGAUCCCGAAAACCCUGACAAUAGAUUGGUUCUGGGUGUAUUUGGUGCUAAGAUUCCUAGAACGCUAAUUCUUACAAUCUUGAAAGAAAUCAAAAAUGUAACAGCCAUUAUUACCAAGUUUCCAGAGACUAACUAUCCGAUUUUGAAUGAAUCAUCUACUUACUUAAAAAUGCUCUUGAUUGAGUCGCCUAUAAAUUUUGAAAAGUUCGAGACAUUCCUCAUGGAUGUGAAUAACAAACUCUCAGCUUUUAGUGAACAACAGCCAUCAAUUAUGCGAGAGCCAACACUGUUAGUUAGAUCUUCAGUUCCAAACGAGUUGAAUAAAAUAACUGAGUUUUUACUUCAGUACUCCAGUAAUACUGUUAUUUCACAUGCUGAUGCAUCUGCUAUUUACUUCUCCGAUACCAGUGGCCUUAGAAUAUCAUGUGAUGAGUUUUUCGAGCCUGGUGUUCACCGACUUUUACAACCCAUUGAAGAUGGCAUUGUGAUCGAUGAAAAAAAUAUGCCUGCAACUUUUAGAGAUUCUAAAACCUUUACAAAGCUUACAUAUGAUGGAAUUACUUACGAUCGGUUUUCAAAAGAGGAGUUAUCAGAUAACAAGCUGAAGCGCUGUAACAGGUGUGGGGCAGUUACCAAAGCGGGAUACCCAAUUCCAACUAAUAAAACAAUUGUACCGACUUCCAUUAGUACUAGAAGAUGGCCAACUAUGUAUACCCGCAUGUGUAUUUGUCUCGGUAUGCUGUAUGAGUUAUAG